AUGGCUCCCAACUCCGCAGUUGCGUCAGCAGCGCUCACGACGGACGACGGACGGUGUGUGAACUGUACCAGCAUUGACUUCUUCCUCAUUUUCGGCCAUCAGGCUGAAUGCCAUUCAAUCCCGCCCACCGCGAUCAGAGAUGCAAUUGGAAAUGAGCACCACUGCCCUAUAUGCCGACUGCUCGUCUCGACUGGCAAGAAAAUCAUCGGGCGGCCGUUCUAUGUUACUGACCGCGAUGGGAUCCAAAUGCAAUUCUUUUCGAACGAAAGUGGAAGGAGCCUGUCAGGGAUGUGCUUGGGACUAUCGUCGCUGGGGGCGGGUCACUGUCCGUCAGGAUCUGGCCUCCGCCGUCACCGUUCGACACAGCUGCAAGAAUUGAAUUCUAUCUCUGUCCCAUGUGGCUGGACGAAGACCAAGGAUGGCAUUCGGUCUCUGCCCGUUUCGUGCUUGAGAUUCAGAUCGACCUUAGCCUUUGCCUUCGUUGGCUGGCAGAUUGUGAGGAUCGAAACGCUUUGUCUGACGCUGGAUAAUGUAGAGAUGCUUGGAUGCCCUGGCGUUCUCGACCAGCAUGCUCUGACCAAUGCGCGAACGAUUUCAGAUGCUAUGAUGGUCGUAUCAAAAAUGGGAGAGAGAUAUCUGUGGGUUGAUCGACUGUGCAUUGUUCAAGACUCGCCUACCAAAGCAGCACAGCUACAAGCCAUGGAUGUCAUCUACGGCGCGGCUUUGCUUACGCUGGUUGCAGCAGACGGCCCAGAUGCAAAUGCCGGGCUACGUGGCAUCACACCCGGAUCAAGAUCUCUCCCUCAGCUCACAGACGUGGUUGGUGAAGAUCUGGCAUUGACGGUCUCUUGCUCAGCCCCAACCGACCUCAGGCAAUCUGCCUGGAGCUCACGCGGAUGGACGUGCCAAGAGCAGCUCCUCUCUCGCAAGUUUUUGAUAUUCUCAGAAGGCCAAGUGAUGUGGCAGUGUGGAUCUUGUUUCCUUUGCGAAGACACAGAAGCCGCCAACAAGGCUGGCUCACUGACCCGUCUCGAUCAGGUGCAGAUUGAUACCGGUGUCACGUACGCAACCCACGCAGUCACCCAUUUUACUCAACCUACGCACCUCUAUCGGCCAAAGAUCUUUUCACAGUACUCUUCCAUCGUUCGUGGCUUCACCAAACGCCAGCUCACCUAUCAGGAUGAUCUCUUGCCUGCAUUUCAGGGGUUCGGCAGCAUCCUCGAGCGCAGCUUCAACUGCAACUUCAUCGCAGGCCUCCCAGAAGCGUAUCUAGACCAGGCACUGCUCUGGCUACCCGGGGUCAUGCAAAAGCGAAGAAUCACCUCAUCGAACGACUGCCCGAGCUGGUCAUGGGCUGGAUGGAUCGGCCACUCUCGAUACGACGAUACCGAAGACGAUAAUCGAGAAAGAGUCGUGCCCGUGACCAGAUGGCGCAUCCUGGAGCGCAACGGCACCGGCAUCGGAAUUCAAGAAGCCUGUCUCGGCCUGUCACGAACACGGAACACAUUUCUCUGGGUCCCUCUCUUCGAGCUCCUAGCAGGCCGCCUCAACUCAACUCCAACCCUCCACCACUCCCUCAACCCCGGCCUCUACCUCCAAUUCUGGACCUCCUGCGCCUUCUUCCGCAUCACCAUCCGCACCAGCCCACCGGACCAAAACCACACAUCCACGAACCCCGCCUUCCGUGCCCUCAUCAACUCCGCGUCCUCUCGGUCGGGUGCCUAUGCCGGCCACCUGACCUUGAACGGACGUGGGCCUACAUAUCUCGUCCCUGAACGGCACGAGUUCGUGGUGGUAUCGGAGGCGCAGCUGACGGGGUACGAUGCGGUGAGUUCGAGAUAUAGGGCUAGUGAGAAGUGUGAUAUGUGGAAUGUCUUGCUGGUGGAGUGGGAUGAGAGGAGGGAGGUGGCGUAUAGAGUGGGUGUUGGGAGGGUGUUGAAGAGGGCUUGGAAUGCGGCGAAGCCUUCUGUCAAGUUUAUUAAUCUUGGUUAA